AUGGCGUUGGCCGGUGCGAAUACGUUUUCAGUCUUGUGCUACAAUGUUGCAGGGCUGCCAGCUAUCCUCUCCAGCGGCGACCCGGCCGAUUACAGCGUUGAAAUGGGCAAGCGCAUCAGCGACUGGGACAUCGUCAACGUUCAAGAAGACUUCAACUAUCAUGCCUACCUGUACAAGGAGAACACCCAAAAGUACCGUACACCCACGAGCGGUGGCGUACCCUUCGGUAGCGGUCUCAACACUCUAUCGAAUCUCCCCUUCAGCACUUUGGGUCUGGAACGCACGAAAUGGAGCGAAUGUAGCAAUGACGAGAGCGCUGACUGCAUGACACCCAAGGGGUUCACGAUGCAAGCUGUUCAACUGGCGGACGGCGUCAUUAUUGAUGUGUACAAUCUCCAUGCGGAUGCUGGUGUAUCCGAUAACGACCAAGUAGCUCGAGCCUCCAACCUGAAGCAACUGGGCGACUAUAUCACCGAAAACUCUGCCGGUAACGCCGUCAUCGUCAUGGGCGACACCAACACGCGCUACACACGUAAACUCGACACGAUCGCUGAGUUCGUGACCAGUCAAAACUUGACCGAUGGCUGGAUUGAAUACGUCCGCAAGGGUAAGCUACCUAAGAAGGGUGCUGAAGCCAUCAAGUGCGAGACGUCCAACAUGACUAACAAGUGUGAGGUCGUGGACAAGAUCAUGUACCGCAGCGGCAAGUACGUCACAUUGAAGCUGGACAAGUGGAACAACGAGAACAAGGCAUUCCUCGACAAGAACGGAAAAGCAUUGUCAGACCACCCGCCUAUUUCCUCCACGUUUUCCUGGUCUGCGAACCCCGACUUUAACCUCGGCAAAGCCUUCGGUGGCCCACACGGCACCUACUUCACUGAUCUAGGACUCGUCGAGCCUGGACAAACCGUAAGCUCCAUUGCGAUUCGUGGCGCUCGACGUGUCGAUGCUGUGACCCUCGCGGUGUCAGAUCCGACUGAAAGUACUCUUUCUCACGGUGGCACUGGUGGAACCUCGAAUAAGUUGUCUCUGCAGGAGGGGGAGUACAUCAAUUCCAUGGAGGUUCACUGGGACAAGAAGGAUGGACACACGUGCAUCUUUUACCUUAAACUGACAACGAGUAAGGGCAAUUCCAUCGAGCAUGGAACGACUACGGCUAACAGUGCCGUCGCGAAAGCGCCGAAGGGUUUUCAGCUAAAUGGCUUCUACGGUCGUGCAAGUGAAGACGGAAUCGCAGGGCUUGGCGCCAUCUUCACCAAAUUGUCGGGUGACCAAACUCAGCAGACACAAACCCAGACCAGUCAAAAGUCGCAAGAUGGAAGCGAGACGCAGCAGUAGACAUGGUGGUGACAGGUUUUCCAAUAAUGCUAGUCAUUUAAAAAAGAAACAGAG